AUGCCCAUAGGAGAAGACGACGUUAUGUUUGAAGAAUCGUGGAUAUCUCCCACCAUAGUAGUCGACGACGGUGCUAUAAAUAUCCAUGCAACACAUCUCAACAAUAUAGCUAGUAACAUCGUGACUAACGCUACCAAACUUCAAUGUCCCACGUGUUUCAGUUUCUUUCCUGAGAGGGAUUUCGGUGGAUGCAUAGGUGCACCUGUAUCAGAAUUUCCUCUCCUCAUAGGGCAGAGUGGGACAAAUCCAUGGAAACGGAAGCGGACGGAGACACAGACUGCACAUAAGACGGCGCUCGCUGCGUGCCAUGCCUGUCUCGAUAAUCUUGAAGAGGAAGGAGCAACAUGGGGUAGAUGCGACAGCCCAAAAUGCUGGUCGCGAAGAGAAGAUGCCUUUACGAUGAAACCAACCUCAGACGGGGAUUUUUCGGAAGAUGAUCACAUUGAUUCCUUUUUCAGAGGGUCUAUGUUCAGACCUACUAUGCCUUUCGAUCCUUCUCGCGUCCAGCUAGAGGGCAAACGGACGCUGGGGCUCGUCUGUCCCAAAUGUUCACCAGAGGGCGGACUAGAUUGUUCGCACAAAUGGAUUUGUGACAUAUGCGCGUUCUGGAAUAAGCACCCAUUGGUUUGGGAGUGCCCGGGUUGCUUGGACGAUUAUUGUGAUGAAUGCGAGGAGGAGAAGAACGAUCCCUGCGAAAUCAUCAUCUGUACCCCCGGCGAGAUGAUUAACCUCCUUACCGUCAAUUCUGUUCAUGCCACGAACCUCAAGCGAAUGGACGGUCUCUCAGAGAAGAUUCUUCAAAAGCCGCUUGAGAUCACUAUCGAACGUUGGCUGUUAGAGAUUCUGGGGCAAAUGUAUAACGAGAGUCCCGAGUGUUGUACGCUGGUCUUUGUCGAUAGACAAGAAGCCGCACAUAACCUACUUCGUGAGCUUAUACGUCAGGGAUAUCUCUAUACGUUGUUGCAUGGAGGAAAGGACCAGGUUAAUUGUGAUUCAACGAUACCACAUUUCAAGGCUGGUGUGGUAACGAUUGUUAUUGCUCCUUCAGUUGCUGCAAGAGGGUUGGAUCCGAAGCAGUUGAAACUCGUCGUUAACUAUCAUGCCCCGAAUCAUUUGGAGGACUAUGUGCACUGCGCGGGAUGUAUUGGAAGAGGAGGGAACAAGGGGAUGUGUGUGACAUUUAUUACACCAGAGCAGGAGAGGUAUUCUGUGAAUAUAUACUGUGUCCUUAAAGCUGGUUUCCUGGACAAACUCAGAACUGGGAAAGCACAAGCCGCAGGCUCUGGUUUUGAUGGUAAAGGUGUUGACCGGCUCAACAACAAGCGUGACGCCAAACAAAAGGCUGAACGUAAAGCUUAUGGUGUACCAGAGGAAGAAGAGCCUGCUGUUAUGGAGGAAGCUGCUCCAGGCGGCACCACCGCCAAUGCCGCCGUAGGACAAUAUGAUUUUCGGAAACCUCAAACACCGGAUUCUUCCAAGGGUUUAUUGGGACUUGCAAGCACUGCUACCGCUGCACAUAAACUCGCAUAUGCCAAGGAGGAACAGAAAAUACAAGAUCAAAUAUGUGCUGCUGAAGAAGCCGCCGCUAGCACCGGCAAGGGAUCUACUGCACAUAAACAAGCUUUCAGUGUGGUCGCAAAUUCAACACAAGGUGUCCAAGUUGGUCUUGCAAUUGCAAAGCUCAUUGACAUGACUGGUGGUUUUAUCAGGAACAACCGCAUCUACUAUCAUCGAGGCAAAAAGCUUCCCCUCGACAGUCUUCCCAAACUCCGUCUAGUGGUCAAGUCAAACCAAGAAUAUAGAGCUUCUGCAGCUGCUCUUCAAGCUGAAAUGUAUGAAGUCACUUUUUGUGAUAUAAACAAUCAGCAAACAAUAGCUAGUACUAUCAAAUACUUAAUCAGUUGUAGCACUAAUUAUGAGCUCAUGCAUGCUGACGUAGAUUGUAAUUAA